AUGGCAGACGAGCAUCACGAUGUCAUAGAGGGCGCAGACGCAACCAAGCUCAAUGCAGACUUUAAUGCUACUGGGCAUGCAUCCACCAUAAGCGAUUCUAAUCAUGAAGAUGACACAGCGAUCGAUGGUACCCCUGAAGUAUUGGCGCCAGAAAUGAAUGCAGAUACAUUAAAUGAAGAUGUAAGUGCCUCGAGUGAACAAGGAGACGGUGAAAAUACUCGAGCAGACACAGGUUUGUCUAAAAACGGUGAAGAGAGCGAGCGUCUUCGUGAAAAUACCCAGCAGACUGAUAGUCCUGAUGAUUUGCAACCUCAACCUGGCAGAUCCAAAGAAAAAAAGUCUUCACUCGCCAAAAAAUACGUCUCCUUCAGCAGUGGCGCACUCAUCAAACGUUUACGAAAGCCUGGUCCAGUGAUUCAUCAUGUUAUUGAGAAGAAAGUCCGGAGAAGUUAUGGUUCUGGGAAAAAGAGAUAUCAUCCAAAAAAUCCUGCCGAGGUACUCGAACUUUUACGUUACAUGCCAUUACAAGCAGAUCUUGGGAAGGCUAAUUCUCAGGAAGAAGACAAUCGCAGGUGGGCCGUGGUAGACUCCCAAACAUUGCCUCGCAUGGAAACCAACAAAAAGGAGAUAACAUGCCCAGGACUAUUCAUGCGAUUACACGACGCGUCCAGUAAGUCCAGGUCAGACGAUGAUCAUCAUGGCUUUCUUUCGGCAGCUUCGGCCUUGCCUCUCCGCACCAAAAAGGAACGCCAAGAUUUUCUACGUUUUCAUACCUACUGGAGACACCGAGGUCUUACUCAGGGUAUUUCGGUCACAAGUCACUUGAGUAUGCUUACGUCUGAUCACAUUUUACCGCGCUUUUAUGGCACCCGAAAGAAGACUGAAAUGAUCUGUGCAAACCUGACUCUCAUCAACGGCUAUGCGCAAACUGCGGCUGGAUUUCCAAUCUUACGAGUGACCGAUGAAAUGCGGCAUUACGAAGUGGUUUCCCUCUAUGGCGACCAGGAGAUGUACGGUAUCAGCUUCUUCGAAAAUGAAUACCUUGUUCCAUAUUGUGUCGUUCCUGAUGCCAUCAUUACCACUUACAAAUGGCGAGAUAUCGAAAGUUGGAUGAACCAGAGCAAAUGCAGCUAUCAAGAUUGGUACACGACAUGGGCAGUUCCAGCAUAUCAAGCACAUGAGAAGGCUCGUGUAGAGGCUCUUGUGGCAAACCCAGACAUGUAUGAAGACGUCGAGUCUAUUUUUGUCGACGAUAAGACAAUUGAUGAGCUAGAAGCCUUGUUUUCUGCCCCUAUCAAAAACCCGCGUGCUCCUAGAGGGUCUCGACUACAAUCCGAGGCAGAAAACUUCAAAGCAUCUGAUUCUGAUGAGAACCUUGAUUCAAAUGGCGUGGAGCGACGUUGGGUUCUUUACGGACAGUCCGGCGAUGCAGCUACUUAA